AUGUCCAUCAUCCAGCAGCACACCUCGUCCUCGCUCAGCGACGCCUGGCGCACCAUCAACAUCGACGCCCUGGACCCGGACUCGUCCCAGAACUUCGACACCACCACCCUCCACCCGCCGUUGCCCGAGAUCGGCGAGGCUGAGGUCCGUCAGUUGAAUGGACAGGUGCGGCAGCUGCUGCGUGGAGGCGAUGCCGAGGGCGCCCUGAGGGGCUGCCUGGAGAGCCCCGUCUACAAUGGCGCAGACGGUGCGAAGGACGCCCAUCUUCAGACCGUCAUCGAGGUCCUGCAGUCGAUCAAGGCGAGCGACAUGACGCCCAUGCUGCAACGCAUCUACAAGUCCGAGGGCGGGAGCGAACUACUAGAUGUACUGGUGAAGUACCUGUACAAGGGCAUGAGCGUAUCGGCCUCGAGCAGCGGACCGCGCACACCCUCCCGAGCGUCGAGCUCCCUCACACCACAGCAGACCGGUUUCAGUCAAGUCACCGGCCGGCCAGGCGCAUCAAACGAAUCUACAGGUGCAGCUAUGAGUGUUCUGUUGAGCUGGCACGAGAAGGUCGUCGAUGUGGCGGGUCUUGGUUGCAUAGGACGAUGCAUGUCGGACUGGAGAAAGGUAUAA